GGCCCGGCUGGGGGAUCCGGCGCCGACGGAAUAAGGCUGCAGCAGCCGGGCGGCGGAGCCGGCUGGUGGUAGCGCCGUGUCCCGGAGCCCCUCGGGAGCUGGUGGGCUGUGGCCCCCCUGCUGCAGCCCCCAUGGAUAAAUACAGAGCUCUUGAGCAGCUGCUUACAGAACUUGAAGAUUUUCUGAGGAUACUGGACAAGGAGAACUUGAGCAGCACUGCCAUUGUGAAGAAAAGCUUCCUCUCCGACCUUCUGCGGGUCUACACCAAGUCCAGUGGUGGCGAUGAGGAAUAUAUUUAUAUGAACAAAGUGACCAUCCAUAAACAGCAGGGUGACCAAGAGAAAGAAGACAAAGCACUGGAUCAGAGAAAUUCCUUGACCAAUGGAGACUCAGGACUGCAUUCGUCCCCUCCUCAGAAGAGCCUGCCAGACCUCCCUCCUCCAAAGAUUCCCGAAACAAAACAACCUCCGGUCCCCAAGAUCGAAUCCCCAGAGGGAUAUUACGAAGAGGCUGAGCCAUAUGACAUCUCUGUGAAUGGUCUUUUUGGUAGGCUUGCUGCGGCUGGACCCAAACCAGGGUUGCAGGUUACUGAGGGCGUUAUUUAUGCCACAAUAACGAUGGAAGAUGGUGAAGCUGUUAGUAGCUCCUAUGAAUCUUAUGAUGAAGAAGAGAGCAGCAAAGGCAAGUCAGCAACCCAUCAAUGGCCAUCCACAGAGGCCACCAUUGAGCUGAUGAAGGAUGCUCGAAUCUGUGCGUUCCUGUGGAGGAAGAAGUGGCUGGGACAGUGGGCAAAACAGCUGUGUGUUAUCAAGGACACCAGGUUGCUGUGCUACAAGAGCUCCAAAGACCACAGCCCUCAGCUCGACGUCAGUUUGCUGGGCUGCACUGUCAUUCACAAGGAAAAGCAAGUGAGGAAGAAAGAGCACAAGCUGAAGAUCAUCCCCAUGAAUGCUGAUGUCAUCGUGCUGGGGCUGCAGAGUAAAGACCAGGCAGAGCAGUGGCUCAGGGUAAUCCAGGAGACCAGUGGUCUGCUGUGUGAUGGAGGCAGUGAAGGCAACCAGUAUAUCCCAGAUUCGCAGCGUGUCAGUUACCCAAAGGUGGAGGUAUUUGAGAAGUACUCUGCAGCCUCUGAGAGCGGGAGCAGCACGGACGGCCACCUAGAGACAGCCGAGACAAAAGAUGUUAAAAAGAAGGGCACAACUGGCCUGAAACUGAGCAACCUGAUGAACCUCGGGAGGAAAAAAUCCAGCUCCCUGGACAGCCCAGAGAGAUCUCUGGAGACUUCAAGUUACCUGAAUGUGCUAGUGAACAGCCAGUGGAAGUCCCGUUGGUGUCAGAUAAAAGAUGGUCACCUCCAUUUCUACCAGGACAAGAACCGAAGCAAACUGGCUCAGCAGCCCCUGAGUUUGGCAGGCUGUGAAAUUAUCCCAGAACCAAGUCCUGAUCAUCUCUACUCCUUCCGCAUCCUGCACAAUGGGGAAGAAAGGGUCAUUCUGGAGGCGAAGUCCUCGGAAGAAAUGGGCCACUGGCUGGGCCUCCUCUUGUCAGAGUCAGGUUCGAAAACAGACCCGGAGGAAUUUACCUACGAUUACGUGGAUGCUGACCGGGUUUCCUGUAUUGUGAGCGCUGCAAAGAACUCCUUCUUCUUAAUGCAGCGGAAGUACUCUGAGCCCAACACCUAUAUCGACAACCUGCCAAAGGGCAGGAUGCAGCAGGAAGAGCUGUAUGAUGAUGUGGAUCUGCCAGACUUGCCUGCGGAAGUACCCAAGAGUGAGAGCAAAUUGGAAGGAGACCAGGACAGAGUGUACCUGGAUCUCACCCCAGUGAAGUCCUUCCUGCACUGUGCUGGCAAGAAGUCAUGCCAGCCUUCACCCCUCAGCUCACCGUCUUUAGAAAGGGCUGCCAACAAGGCUGCAGCAGAGAGCACAGCUGAGACACCUGUCGUGGCUAAGGAAGCUGAGCCCUGUAGUAAGCCGAUGGAGACCUCGGAGCAGAAACAACCAGAGAAGGUGGAGCCUGAAGAGGCACCAUCACAGAUGCCUGCCAUCAAAAUCCAGACGCAGCAGCAGAACAUCGCCUUCCCCCAGCCAGCCCCUGAGCUGCCGGUGGGCACAGUGAUGGUGGGAAGUCCCCAGCUGGUGCCUGCGCACCGGCCCAAGCUGCCGCUGCCAGGAGCAGCAGUGGAAACCAAACUGGGCAAGAACAGGACGGAGGCAGAGGUGAAGCGUUUUACAGAGGAGAAGGAGCAGCUAGAGAAGGAGAAGGAUGAAAUCCGGGCUCAGCUCACCCAGCUGCGCAAGGAGAAGCGGGAGCUGAAGGAAAUGCUUGCAGGCAGCACAGACAAGAUCCUGGAACAGAGGCUGAAGGAGAUAGAAGAAGAGUGCAAAAGGAAGGAGAGCCGGAGGGUGGACCUGGAGCUGAGCCUAGUGGAGGUGAAGGAGAACCUGAAGAAGGCAGAGUCUGGCCCUGUGACGCUGGGCACUGCUGUGGACACCACGCACCUGGAGAACGUAGGCCCCCGGAUUCAGGCAAAAAGUUCCAGUCCGGCAAAUAGUGCAGAGAACUCACCAGUCAAUUCAGCAAUGGCUUUAAAAAACCGGCCUUUAUCCGUCAUGGUGACGGGGAAGGGAACAGUCCUACAGAAAGCUAAGGAAUGGGAGAAGAAGGGAGCUAGUUAGAACCAUGUUUUUCAGAGAUGGACUAAAGACUGGAGUUGCCUGUGCAUGGCCAAGGGGAUUCAAUCAUCUGUAGGUAGAGGAUGGGUGUGCAACACAACCACACACCAAGUGCCUCCUCCACAUCGCGCCAGCUGCUCCGAUGCAGCAAUGGAGUCAACAGCUGCCGAGACAAGUUAUCCCAAAUGAUCUUGCUCUUUCCAGACAAGUCCCAAUCACGUAGCUAAAACAAUAACAACCGGUGGCAAUCCUUGCAUCAAAUUCCUAACCCAGUUGAUGUAAACAAGAAUGUUACUGUAUAUAGGGGUGUUCUGUGUAUUUCUACUCUGAAGGUUUAUCAAUGAGUAAUUAAGGUUUCUAUAUUAGUGACAGUAGUGGGUUCAGAAGGGGCUCUGCUGUUCUUUAUACCCUGGUGGUUGUCCUGUCCUCGCCAAUUGCAGUCAACUAAAAUCUAACCUGUCUUGCUGCCAGUCAUCGCUCAGCUGCAGAUCAUCCAGCCUUCAGUCAAGGGCAAUACCCAUGCCUAAGCGAUGCUUGAGACAUGAGAAGCACGCAGCAGCCUGGCCAAGGGAUUUUUUUGUUGUUGUUUUUAAUCGGUGUCCUGAUGCAUCCCAGCAUGUGCUUACUCCUACCAGCCUGCUGCCGAUGUGCCAGAAUAUUGAGAAAGCUCCCUGCUCACCUUCUCAUGCUGUGAUCUGUGCUACAGACUGGUGCCUCCAAGAGCUCUGGGCAAAGAUCUGCCAAGCAGAUUCAGUUAAUUUUCUUGAAGAUGAUCUUAAUCUACUUCACCUGAGGAGUCUAUUCUGAAAAAGAAAAAAAAAUCAUAUUUGCGUACUUGUUAAUAAUGUAUCAAAGGCCCAGGCCUGCUCAAUCUGGUGGAUGUGGAAGUUGGAGCCCAAUCCACCCUUCAGCGCUUGCCCUUUCCAAGGGGUGGGAGGUAAAGCUGUCGCUGUGCUCCUGCCCUGGCUCCGAGCAUCACUUUGCUCAUGCUCUCUGGUCCCUGCAGAGCCACGGCAGGCCCAGCUGUACAAGACAGCCCUGUGCAAAAGGGGCCCCUCCACAUGGGCAGGGCUCCCCGGCAGGCGAGGUGGCACCAUUGUGUCUCUGGUGGGCUGCUGGCCACCUUGGUGCUGUCACCCUUAUUUCCAAAUUAUUAAACUUAAUAUAGCUGUUGGGCUGUGGCAGUGCGGCCCACAACAUCCACCCCUCUCUGCCCUAGCCAAACUUUCUAAUGAAAAAUGUUGAUCGUUUGGGACUGCUAAACUUAGAGACAUUGACACACACCCCCCUUCAAAUUUCAGAAAUCCAUGCCCCCUCUCCUCCUGCUGACCUUCUGUCAUGCCUGCUGGCCUGGAGACACCUCUGAUGCUCCGUCAGCCCUGGAGGCCAGCCUUGGUAACUGGGGUGGCUUGUGGGGGCUGCAGCUGCUUUGCAAAGCUAAAGCAGCACCGGUACGCCAGCUGGGUUGUUCCUGGGGUCCUGUGGCUUCACGGCUGAGCAUCAUGCAGAGCCAAGGUAAACACAGCCAGGCAGAAUCUACCUUCCUAACCCUUGAAAACCUUUGACAGGCCUGAGGCCACCUCUAAGGGGAUACUCCUUUGCACGAAGGCCCAACAGCUGGGGGGGGGUUUGUGUGCAGGGCUGUGACACCUGCAGCUGGUGGUGGCACUGGGGAAUGAAGAUGUGCUGCCAAGGGCCUCUGGGCUUGCUCACCACCACCAUGGAGCUGGGGUGCAACAAAGCACUAGGUCAGGAUGGCCUAGAGGCAAGAAAAGUGCCCUUGUACUGUGGGUUGGAUUUUUUGUUGUUGUUGUUUCACUUUUAAAGUCUGCUGUGGUGCAGAUGGAGGAAUUUGCUAAUCCCAGGCUUCAGGAGGAGUUCAUCAGCCCCAGCUGUCAGGCCUAUUCCUGUGCAAGGUUUGCACAUAGGAAAAAAACCUCAUGCAAAUAAAUCACUGAAACUUCUGGUCCAGGACGCAGGGGCCUUUCCUCCCCAAAGCACAGGGAGGCUAUGGACAUCAUGAAGUUUUUUUUUGCCCUACCAUGAACUAGCAGGAGCCUCUCCCUAUACCUUAAAUAUAUGUGUAGUACCAUGCCCUCAGCAUACACCCCCCCCACUGUUAUCCUCCAGCAGGUGUCUAGACAUUUCACAGUGGUACUGAGCCAGCAAUGGACAAGAGCAGCUCUGCUUUCAGCACCACAGCCCAGUUGGCAUUGGUGGUCCUGCUGGGAUAUCUCCUUCAGGGGAUAGUAAACAUAGGCAAGUCCUGAGCAACACACAUUCCCCAGACAAGAACAGUUAAACAAUGUCUCUGUGUCGCCAUUGUUUUCUUAACUCAAGGCGUUUCCUUUGUUGUAACUGUGACCUAUAAAGUGGCGCUUUAGAGGGUUUUAUAAUAAAAUGUUGAGUAUAUCAUGUUA